GAAAUUCAAAAGCUUCUAAGAGAGAGGGAGUAGAAGAAGAAGAAGAAGAAGAAGAAUCACUUCUCUUCUGAAAAUUGUUGCAGAGAGUUUCGUUUUUCUUCUUUUCUUAGAUUUUCUUCUGUGAGUUUCUCUGUAUCCGUGUCGUUAUUCAGGUAGAAUUUUAGGUUUAGUUUAAAUCAGGUUGUGGAACUUAAUACUCUUGAUUUCAGAGAAUUUCAGAGAUUUAACUCCACAGCCCGCGCCGUUUUCGAUUUUGGAUCUGCUUAAUUUGUUGUUAAUUUAAAUUAAUUCUUCACCAAUUAUUGUUAUUGUUGUUUUGAUUAUUGUUUUGGAAUAAUCCGUGAGUGAAGUGAAAUUUGUGUUGAUAAUUUUUUGGUCGAUCAGAAUGAGUGAAGGUGAGAAUAGUGAUAUCACUCCUAAAAACGUACCAUUAGAUUCGGUUGCAAAUUCUACCUCAAAGAAGCUUGCUAGACAACUCGAUUUCAACGCUUUUGGUGGUGCCCCGGUAACUGCACCUUUGCCGGAACAGCAGCAACCACCGCCGACACUGCCUCCUCUUCCUGCAGCCAAAUUGGGGAAACCAGAAUCUCCAAAAUCAAAAUCAAGAUCUAAUUUUGAAACAAAAGAUGCUACUCCAAAGAAGCAAAAGCAGUGCAACUGUAAACACUCAAGAUGCUUAAAGUUGUAUUGUGAAUGUUUUGCAUCCGGAAUAUAUUGUGACGGUUGUAAUUGCGUAAAUUGUUUUAACAAUGUUGACAAUGAAGCGGCUAGACGAGAAGCUGUGGAAGCAACUUUAGAACGUAAUCCAAAUGCAUUUAGGCCGAAAAUAGCGAGUAGCCCUCAUGGCAGGGAGGAAGUUUUAAUAUUGGGAAAGCACAAUAAGGGGUGCCAUUGUAAAAAAUCUGGGUGCCUCAAGAAGUACUGUGAAUGUUUCCAAGCCAACAUUCUUUGUUCUGAAAAUUGUAAAUGCAUGGAUUGCAAAAACUUUGAAGGAAGUGAAGAGCGACAGGCUCUGUUCCAUGGAGAUCAAAACAACAAUAUGGCAUAUAUUCAGCAGGCAGCCAAUGCUGCCAUCACUGGAGCUAUUGGUUCCUCUGGUUAUUCAUCACCACCAGUAUCGAGAAAAAGAAAAGGUUCGGAACUCUGGCCGUCCAUCAAGGAUCCAUCUGUUAGCAAGCUGGGACAGCAGGCAAAUCCUAUCAGAGGUCCUGCAGCACCCUCCUCAUCCAUGUCUCCUGUCCCAGUUGCUCGUGUUGGACCUGCAACAGUCGGCCCUUCAAAAUUUAUGUACAGGUCUCUUUUAGCAGACAUCAUACAACCACAGCACCUGAAGGAGCUUUGCUCUAUUCUUGUGCUAGUAUCCGGACAAGCCACUAAAACACUUACAGAGCAGAAAAAUUUAAAGGAUAAGCAUGCAGAAGAUCAGACAGAAACUUCUCUUGCUUCUUCAAAUCAAGAGCAAUUACCAAAUCAAAAGGAAGCUAAUGUGGAGAAAGCUAUGGCUGAUGAUUGUUCGAGUGCAACCCAAACUGAUAAAACCAGUCCUGAAAAUUCCAGUUCAGAUGGUGCUGAUGUUCCAAAAGGGAGGCCAAUGUCUCCUGGAACUUUAGCAUUGAUGUGUGAUGAGCAAGAUACAAUGUUCAUGAAUGCUGCCCCCUCUAUUGGAUCAAUGGCUCAUGCUUGCAACACAUCUUCGCAAUUGCCUUAUGGACAAGGAGCGAAAGAGAUCUAUGCAGAGCAAGAAAGGAUUGUAUUGACGAAAUUCAGAGAUUUUCUUAAUAGGGUUAUCACUAUGGGAGAAAUAAAUGAAACAAAGUGUUCUUCAUUAGCAAGAAGUGAGUUAGAGAUUCAAAAGGACCCUAUCAUCAAUAGCACUGAAAGGGCCAGUACUGAGGCAGCGCAUCAACAGGGAGUGGGAGCCACUAGUAAUGGUGCUGCCAAUGUUGUUGCCAACACCACCACUUCAACAUCUUUGUUCCCUUGUAGUCUUGUUUCGGAAAGGGCCAGUACUGAGGCAGCGCAUCAACAGGGAGUGGGAGCCACUAGUAAUGGUGCUGCCAAUGUUGUUGGCAACACCACCACUUCAACAUCUUUGGUCCCUAGUAGUCUUGUUUCGGAAAAAUGGGAAAUUAAGCCGAAGGUUGAACAAUAGAUAUAAAAGGAGUCUAACUUAGAUGAGCAGAGGUACCAUUUGGAAGGAAAAUUAGAAUGUUGUGAGGGUUUGUUCUCUGUAAUGGAAAAACCUUGCCACUCUUCAUUUUUGUGGCUUUCCUGCAAUUCAAGGCUAUAGAACGACUAGUCCAACUAAGAUCCAUUUUCUUUUAUUAAUUUUAUUGUUCUAAUUCAUACAUAUCAAUUAAUUAUUCAGCUUCGAUAUAGCCUGUACAUUACAGAAUCGUAAUUUCAUACUAAAAGAGAAACAAUGUUAACCUAAUUCCCCUUACUAGGGUUUU